AACUAUUCAUUCCUCAGUAGUUCAUUGAAGAAAUGCAUCAUACGACUCUUGACAAUGAAUUUAUAAAAACUAUCAACUACAAACAAAGUUAGCAGGCAGACAAUGAUAAAUAGCAAUGUUUUCAUUAUAACAAUCAGUUGUUUAAAAAACUGCAUCUAUUCUAUUCUUCAUUCAUUUGUUUUUUUGUUGACAUGUCAACAUUCUGUUAGACGACUAACUACGGCACUCGAGGACGGUCGCAUCCUAAUGCCACGAAAAAGUUAAAUUUAAUUUUAGUGAAGAUUUUUAUAUUUACCUAGUUCUAUUUUAUCACAGGAGAAGAAGAUGAGAAAUGCAUUUGUUGUUUUAGUUUCCUUGUGUAUUGGAGUUGUUUCCGGAUUUAUUGUGCCCUCGAGUCUUCCAGAGCUUGAAAGUAAAUGGAACGACUCCACAACGGAAUCAAUAAGCAACGUUCCGGGCGAUGUAAAUGCUACUACGUUCCCAUUGAAAUACGCUGUACUGCCCAAAAGUAGGAAUGACAUCGAUGAAAAGGAUCUCUACGAGCAUGCUACAGAGAAACAGAACAACCAGAAUGAGAGAGCAUUUAUAUACAUCAAUCAGAAGUUUAAGAAACCAGUUCGUAACAGAGUUAUUAAAAUAGCGCCAGUAGACAAAAUAGUAUAUGCUACAGCAUCACCGCCAACGUUGCCAAACAUGGUAACUCCUUGUCCACUCGGUAACCGGGUUACUUCCAAUUCAUACUUCCAAGGAUUCGAAAUGUCUGACAAACUUCCACAAGAUAUGGCGUCGUAUUUUGCAGAUCCGACCGUAUUUAGAUGCAAAGAUAACAACAAAAACCUUAAUUAUAAUAACAGAAUUACACCAGAUACUACUCCAUUACAAUUUCCACCUCAACCACUAAAUAGAUUGGAUGAACGCAGGGAAUACUUCGAACUUUUGAAACCACCCAUAGUACGACCAGUGAACCGAAUAAAUACUAAGACGAACUAUGAGAGUAUUCGUCAGAAUGAAUUCCCCUCACUGUCACCCUCAAGUAUUACACCCUAUAAAGAUAAUUAUUUCAAAAAGUAUAACUUGAAAAGUCCAUAUUACGUGGCAAAGCCGAAAAUGACGCCCAUGCGACAAGAGGAUUUACGUACUAAAAAUUAUGGGUUCGAUGGCUCGUACAUCAGACCUCCUUUCCAAGCUAAAGAUCUAAUUCAUAGAGCGGAAGAUGCUAAUUUCGAAGGGGACUUUAUCAAUGAGGACGAUUCUCAUAGAUUAUAUGACAAUAACCAAGAGGAGGAUAAAUUAUUAGACAAAUACCUAAAAGAUACUUUAGAAGAUCAAAAUUACGAUAAAGGGAAUAGUAAUAUGCCCGAUUGUAGUUACCGAGACUGUAUUCUACAAAAUUCAAGACCAUAUACAAACGCCGGCCGCCUAGUUAAACCUGAUUGUAAAUGUGGAAAACGAUUGAAUAUAAAGCAAAUUGAUCCAUUCUUAGUAAAAGACAGAGCUUUAAGAGAAGAAGGAAAACACAAUGAUACUGAUUUUAAAGGAUCCUCUGAAAUUAACUACUACGAGGAAAUGUUAUCUGAAGACUUAAAUGUAAUCAAACAAGAUGACGAUGUUGUCAGGCCGCCGAACAAGUUCAACGAAACUUCUGUGCACUAACUGAUAGUCCACAGAGGUAUUUUGCUAACUGAAGAGUUAGAUGUAGCCUCUAUGCAAUUUACUAUGGCGCUCCGCAAAGCAGGCUGUCAAGGCAGUUGUCCAACGCGCUGCAUAUACAAUAUAAAAUUCUAAAAGUACAGUCGAAGAAUACGCAGGUCUUGAAGCAACUAUUCCACAGGAAAGUGCUCGCAGUGUAGAUCACGAUAACGACUGCUCAAAGCUAUCGCGAUUGAGAUCUCUGCGCGCGCAUCCCUCUUCUUACCGGCGUUUGUUGCUCCGAGAAAUGAAAUGUAAACACUGUAGAACGCCAACAGAUGUCCAGAUAGCCAAUAGAGGCUUCAGAGAAAUACAGACUAGCCAGAAGGGACACCCGUCCCAAUUGACAAACUUUUUCACAUCUCAAGUGUCCGGUUGUGUAAUACAUUAUACUAUAAGUACUUGCAUUAUUUGGAAGUGCAUUGUGUAUUCUCUAAUCGACAAUAACAUUUAGAAUUAUAUCAUGCUUUGACUGAAAUAAUAAUUCCUAUGGAAAUUGAUUAGAAUCUUCGUAAUGUUAUGAUUCAUGUAUUGUAUUGUUUAUUCAAGUACUAGGAGAUAACAAUGACUUACAGAAAGCAAUAUUUUAAUUGUGCAUUCUGUGACUUCAAUGUUCUAUCUAGUUUCUUUAUUUCUUUCAGUUUCUUUUUAGUAUUUGUCCAGGGAGAUGAAUUUGCUCGGACCAUGGACAUUGUUCGAAAAUAUUUGAGUCUUCGAAUGGACGAUUUGGCAAAACUUUAAAGUAGUUCUGUGUGCUAAGUUUUAUAGAUAUUUGUAAACGGUGAAAUGGUGGAGAUCAAAUUUUGAAAACAACUUGUUUAGUACGUCAACAAGUGGAAAAUUAUGAGGGUGCUAAUGAUCGACGACAUUGGAUUACGUAUCUGAAUUUUUAAUUUUAGAAUUCGUUUUAUCGUGUCGGUACUUCUGAAUUUAUAAAUAUUAAAUAACUUAUUGUUUGUUCUUUGCUUCGAAAGAUUUUUAUGUUGCAGUUUUUAUCGCAGUGUUCUGUUUUGUAAUCCUUGAGUGGGUUGUCAUUAUUAUUAGUUAGGUUUUUUAGCUAGGCUUAAAUAAGGAAAUGAGUUUAAUACUAACUAUAGUUUGUAUUCUAAAAUAAGUAUUUUGA